GUGAUUCUGAUUUAUCGUUUAUGUAAUUUGCAAAAAGUAUCUAAUAAGGUAUAAUUUUUAAAUGCAAAUCAAUUUUUCUUUAACUCGAAAUUAAAACUUUGUCGAUUAUAUUUAAAAAAAAUCGCAGACGCUAAACUAUUAGAAAUUCCAUGGAGAAUGUCCCAAACUUUUAUACCAAAGUAGUGUAACAUAUUUAUUUACAAAAAUGCUAACACACGAGGUAUGACACGUCAAAUUGCCGAACGUGUUCGGAGAAGAACUCAGAAAGGACUCAUUAUUAGUUUCGCGGAAGUUAGUGUGCACACGGGUUAAUGUUCUUGUGUCUCCAACUAGAACGACGAGGAGAAUACACGAAGUUAUCCAAGCAUGAACAAGGGAAGAUCCGGUGCGACGGCCACCCGGAAAAUUUUCAUAGAGUUCACGUCACAAGGAUUUCGCGUUCAAUAAGCUUCUAGAGCACCAAUGGCUUGAUUGCAAGGCAAUUUUUUUGCUUUCAAGCUGCGCUGCCGAAACUUUCAUAGAAAAGCAAAACGUGUUUUCUGGAUUCAUCCAAAAGACAUCGAAUCAACCAGGACCAAGGGUAGAAUUGCCCAUAUUUGUCGAAGAGGAAUGAUACGAUGCCAGUUGCAGAACAAAGGAAAAUGUCGGCCGAAGUGAGAGCUGGUCGACCUACCAUGCCAACGAUUCCGCACUCCAAAAGACCAACGAUUUUGGUAUAUCCGACAGUUACGCCGGAGAGCAUAAUCAUACCUAUCGUGUCCUGCAUUCUGGGAUUUCCGCUGUUGGCGUUAAUGGUAAUUUGCUGUUUACGGAGGAGAGCAAAACUCGCCAGGGAACGAGCUCGGCGAAGAAACUGUGAUUUGGAUCAUGGAGCAUUGAGCCUCGUCCGUUUCAGCCCGGUUCAUCGCCUAGCUGGCAUUGAUCGACCGGCACGUACCGUAUCCUUAAGAGGUGAUAGAGGGUCCCGAGCCUUCUCAUCCCUGGAGUUGGACACCGUCGUCGAGGAGCGUUCAGAUCCCGAGCAGAGCACUGCUCUCGAAUUAAGUAGUCCUGACUAGCAUCCGGCUUUGGCACCGUCGAGGUCUCCACGACCAUCGAAAUCUUUGACGGUGCCGUUGCCUGUGGAUCAUAGUCCGCUGUGGACAGCUUUGACACACGC